AUAAAUUCUGCCCUCUUGCCUUGUCAUUCCCAUCUUACAACUUCGUUCCUCUAUUGACUGGACUUAUUUAACAUGGGUAAUCUAUUUUGUUGUGUGCAAGUCGACCAAUCUAAGGUUGCUAUUAAAGAGAGGUUUGGGAAGUUUGAGGAAGUACUUGAGCCAGGAUGCCAUUGUCUCCCUUGGAUAUUUGGAAGUCAGCUGGCUGGCCAUCUCUCGCUUAGGCUACAGCAGUUGGAUGUGCGCUGCGAGACCAAGACAAAGGACAAUGUGUUUGUCAAUGUUGUGGCAUCAAUUCAGUACCGUGCCCUGGCAGAUAAGGCAAGUGAUGCUUUCUACAAACUCAGCAACACAAGGACCCAAAUCCAGGCCUAUGUUUUUGAUGUGAUAAGAGCCAGUGUUCCAAAGCUCAAUUUGGAUGAUGUUUUUGAGCAGAAAAAUGAAAUUGCCAAGGCUGUUGAAGACGAACUUGAAAAGGCCAUGUCUGCCUAUGGAUACGAGAUUGUUCAGACGCUGAUUGUUGAUAUAGAACCAGAUGAGCAUGUUAAGAGAGCAAUGAAUGAAAUCAAUGCUGCUGCAAGGCUGAGGUUGGCAGCCAAUGACAAGGCAGAGGCUGAAAAAAUUCUACAAAUAAAACGAGCUGAAGGUGAGGCCGAGUCUAAGUACCUUUCAGGAUUGGGUAUUGCUCGCCAGCGUCAAGCAAUCGUGGAUGGUUUGAGAGAUAGUGUGCUAGGGUUCUCAGUUAAUGUUCCAGGAACUACUGCAAAAGAUGUUAUGGACAUGGUCCUGGUCACCCAGUACUUCGACACCAUGAAGGAAAUUGGCGCUGCCAGUAAAUCUUCUGCUGUGUUCAUUCCCCAUGGUCCUGGUGCCGUUCGUGAUGUGGCUACCCAGAUCCGUGAUGGGCUUCUUCAGGCUUCAACUAGCCGGUGAUUUUCGUACUUGCUUUUAUAUAAGUUUGGUUUGAAACAUGUUUUAUACUUGUAAGUUUGGUUUGAAACAAAUUUCAAGAUGUUGGUUUGUUUGAUUUUGAUUUCACAGUGAUUGUCAUCCUGCCAAUAGUAUGGUAUAUAGAAGCUAAACAACUUGUCCGCAAGGACAUUUAGUAUUGAACUAUGAGAUGAUUCUGUUUCAUUGUUGAGGAAUGCUUGUAAGUGGAUAAUGUUUCAUUUAUAUCUGUAAAAAUAAAAAAACUUUCAUGUUCUAAUUUUUCUGGAAAUGGGAUUUUG